AGUCAGUGUAAAUAAAAUAUCUUCUUUUUAUGUAAUUUCAGGUUGGCAUGAGAUAGACGACAGCAUCCCAAGGUUCCAAGGGAAGUUGGAUAGAAUUGCGAAGUUGUUUGAAGAAGUUCAAGUAUAUCAAACGAAUUUCCGUUCUUCGCGUGGAACGGAGUCGUCAAGGUCGUUCCGAUUGCGUCGCUCGCCACAAAUGCAUCGAAAGAGAGCGAGCUCUUGGCAUGUACCUACAGGUAGGGGAUGGUGUUAACGUGUUUAGUGUUGAUUUGUAGUAAAACUAAACUGACUUUAUUUACACUGGAUAGCUCCAUCAGUGCUAAACUGUUCUCUCUAGAGGUCCUGUAAGGAUCACCUCCUAUUGGUCCAGUGUUACUACAGGAGGAACCUAAACUAAACUAACUUUAUUUAUACUGGAUAGCUUUAUCAGUUAUAAUCUUUUCUCCUUAGAGGUCCAAUAAGGAUUAUCUCUUAUUGGUUCUGUGUUACUACAGGAUGAAACAAACUUUAUUUAUGCUGCAUAAAUAGCUUUAUCAGUUCUAAUUUGUUUUUCCAAGGGAUCCUGUAAAGAUCAUUCCGUAUUGGUCCGGUGCCACUGGGCCACUAACUUCUUAAUAUAAUAAAAAUUCCUCCACUCUUUUCAGGCCAUGAAGUUUGUUACACGGAUAGAAAAGACAGUAAGAAACGAAGCUUUACGAAGUAUGCCAAACUUUUAACAUCAACGCCAAAGUUUGUCAAAGAAGUUAAGAGGUAACUAUAUGUUGUUUAUUUGACGUGUUCGCUAACGAGUAAAUAUAAUCGGUAAUUCCAAUUGUAGAAUAAAUUUUGAUCAAGGCAAGAAGAACGAAAUCCAACAUCACAGCUAGAAAGAGCGUCUUAGAAUGAGUAAAACUGCAAAUAUUGGUUCCUAAAUGUUGUAAAAUGAAGAAAAUAUAGCCCUGUGAAUUUCGCAAAUUUUGUAUAUAUUUGUAUUACGCGCGUUAAAAAUAACCACUUUUGGCUCAAAAAUGGUUAUUUUUCCCGCGCGUAAUGCAAAUACAGUUAUGUACAAAAUUUGUGAACUUCACAGGGCUAUAUUUUCCUCAUUUUACAACAAUUCUCAACCAAACUUUGCAAUUUUAUUCAUUUGAAGAUGCUCUUCCCAGCUAUAUGGUGGAAGGGGAUUUCGUUCUUGUCUAGAUCAAACUUUUGUCUAUAGCUGGACUCAUCCAUUAUGUGAGAGUUUAAUGAAAUGCGCUGAGAUUUUUUUCUAACCUCUCUUCAACUCUUCUCUAUGAAUCUAGAGGUAUAUAUUUAGCGACAUUAUUCUACACGAAGGAUGAUAAAAUUCUCGUGACGCUUGACGAAAAUUUACCCAUUGUCGAAGUUGACGAUGCUUCCACUGUUUCAUUCACGCAGGAAUUUCAAUGGUUGUUAAAGGUGGGAUACAUUUAAGAAAUACUUUGUUAUCAUGCAGAAGUUACCAGCAUUGAUAAAUAAAUGGUCUAUGUAUACACAUAGAAGGAUCACUUGUCAAGAUCAAAAUAUAUAUUUAUUUUCCAGGUGGGCUGUACUUGGCAAGACAUAAAAAUGUUAAAAGAUCAAGUUGAACGAAAUCUUUCGUCGACCUCAGUUUAUCUGAGGGGACGUCUUCUACAAGCUUUGGACACACUGCAGGUAAGGAAUUAAAGGAUUUAACAUAUGCAGGAAUAACGAAAUAGAUCGCCACCAACGUUCAAAGUAACAUUUGGCCAUUUUCUGAACAAGACGCCAGUAUAGCUGUCUACUGGUUGCUCUGCAUGGACAUUAUGGCCGAUCAUUUUACCACAUUUGAUUUGAAUCAUUUCACCCUCAUUCAUGCAAAAGCUGUUCAUUUUAGGUUGGUAUAUAUACCCAAUGAAAUUAACUUGCCAGCAAUCACUUUUAGAACUGCAUUUGCAUUCUUUGUUAUUUUAGGCUGGCGUUGGUUGUGACGAUUUAGGACAAUUACAUUACCAGAUUAUCAAAGAUAAAAAUGGAACUAACAUUAUUGUAAUAACUAAAAAAAUUAAGGUGAGUUAGAUCCGUAUUCUUCUGAGCAUGCACCUCCUCUAAAUCAUGAAGGCAUGGAGCUGUGUGAGAUAUAAAUACAGGAGGGUGAAAUGUCUGGAAUAACCCGAUCUAUACUGGAUGUGAUUCUGGGAAUAAACCAUCCCUGAUAUUUUCCUUGUGUUUUGUCUAAUGCCGUAUGUAGCUACACUCCUAUCUUUCACGGCGAAUGUCGCACGCAAGUUUGUAUGAGCUGACGAAAUACGCAGGCGAAUUUUCAAGUUUAGUAUUGUACCAUUCUACCAUUACGUUUUGCAUUGUUUUCAUUUAGAAUCCUAGUUUUAUUCGAUCUCGAACACUUUCCAUGAAAUGGAUUUCGCUCUCAAAACUUCAAAAGAAAACCACACAGAAAGAUGUGAACGAUUCGCCUAAUGCUGUCAAUCAGAUUAUCACAUCGAUACAGGUGAAACUUUAAAUUCUCUAAAAUAUUUCACUGUUAAAACUUUACCAGUAGAGUAGACCUACGUGGUGCAUACAGUACUUAUACUAUCUGUGACUUUCUAUUUCCAUUCUGAGAAUAAUGUUGUUUGCAUAUCUAUCUAUUUACGAGUAAGAUAGUUGGUGUCAGGCAGCAGUUAUCAGAGUGAGAAAAUAAUGUUGAUAGUGCUAUACUUGAGUAUACAAGUUGACCGUGAUUUAUUGUCUCUUAAACAGUUAUUGAGAACCACUAAUACUUAUUUUUUUAUUACAAGUCUCUUUGAUCACAAAUGCUAAUGUUAAUAUCGGAUUAUGAACUUUUUUAGGAUGUGAUUUCUUACCAUCAGCAAACAAAGAAACCUCUGGACAAGUAUGUGAUGUAUACUUUUACGGAUGUCAACGUAGCUGCAUGUUUACUGUAUGCCAUCCAGUCAUGGUCCAGCGAUCAGAAUGUUCCAUUGUCUUUUCAUUGUUUUGAAAAUCCCACUGUUUUCCAUGCCACCCAGUCAUGAUCCAGUGAUCAGAAUGUUUCAUUGUCUUUUCAUUGUUUUGAAAAUCCCACUGUUCUCCAUGUCAUCCAGUCAUGCUCCAGUGAUCAGAAUGUUCCAUUGUCUUUUCAUUGUUUUGGAAAUACCACUGUUCUCCAUGCCAUCCAGGCAUGAUCCAGUGAUCAGAAUAUUCCAUUGUCUUGUCAUUGUUUUUAAAAUCCCACUGUUCUCCAUGUCAUCCAGUCAUAAUCCAGUGAUCAGAAUGUUUCAUUGUCUUUUCAUUGUUUUGAAAAUCCCACUUGUAUUAUUAUCUAUCCAAAACGUCUAUUGCAAUUGAUAACAGUGGAUCGAUUUCUUUCUAUUACAGAGGUCUAUAUCUUGGUUUCAUGAAACUAAGAACGUCAGUGGAUGCGAUACAUAUCACUGUCCCACGAUAUUCGCCCAACAUCUUACCUCAUGUCAAGGUCAGGGACAACCCUCACGUAUCCAGGUAACUAGCGAUGAUCUCAUAACGUUGAAUGGAUAGAGCUGCAUAUUGAAUAUAGAAUAUGCAGUUUGGCGAGUUUCGCCAAUUAUAAUAAUGAAUAGAAAAUAUGUUCAAAUGAGUUUCGCCCAUUAUAAAACUAUUUAAACUUUUUCUUUUAGGGAGGAGUGGGAAUGGCUUACUGGUUUAACCACGGUGAGUACUUUGAAACCCAUUGACAUGGAUCAUAUGCUGAAGAUUGAACUAACUUUACCAUGCCAUGUAGGAUCUGAAGAUAUAAACAAGUUGUAUUUUCUUUGUCGUAGAUGUCAGAAGAGGAACUCGCGGCUGAAAGUUCACCAAGUUUCCAGUCAACGUUAGAACAUGCUUUGAAAACAUUGCUUGACGACAUUGGUGUCAGCAGAAAUGUAUGUUGGCUUAACUACUGUUCAUAAUUCAACUUCAACUUUUAUUAUUAAAAUUAAUAAGUAUAUAUUUAACAGCCAUUUACCCU